CAUCACAAUAGCUUAGGAUUUCCAUACAUAUGUUUUUUUCUGGCUCCAACUGAAAUGAUUGCCAUUGGAGUGGACACCUUAUGAGACAAACAAAAUUCACAGCAUGCAACCGGCUUAAGACGCUUGCAAUUCCCAGAAAUAACAGACCAGGACACACAAGGCCAUGCCAGCCAGGACCCCCCGCCAGAGUCCAGAGUGCCGAGUCCAGAGCCAGGAGUUGGAUCAGCUGUGCUGGAUGUACAUGCAUAAUUGAAAACUCCGAUUGCUGCAACCUUUCGCCAGUAAAAGGAAAGAAAAGUACUGCUCCUGGCGGGCUGCCCUGCCGGCUGGCAAUUGAAAAACCCGUAGACAAUGUUUUCCAAAUGACGUCCACCGAGGCGCCUGCGUCGAUUCGAGUGGAACGUGUUGGUGGAGCUGUAGGCCAAAAGCAAAGUGUUUGGUAGAAUGUCCCCUCAGUGCGAAGUCGGCUGGCAAACCAGACGCUUGGAUUGGCUGCCUAGAACCGAGAAGACACAUAUUUCUCGCCCAGCCAUUACCAAUUCUGAAUUCAGUUCUGAGCCGAACGUAACGGUCUUUUGAAUAAUUGAAACACCGCGUACCGAACACUAUUCGAUUCAAAAUUGAUUGCUCAUACGCCGCGUGGGCCGUUCGCUGGGAUACAAAAGGAUAAGAGGAGAAAAUAAAAUUACGAUCGUAAAACAAUUGAGUUCCGUAGGCAAAUGCGUUGAACCGCUCACGCCGAACGCCAAAAGCUCACUGAGCGGCGUCUGGCGAUCGAAAUAAAAACAAAGCCAGAAAUAACUCGAAAACAAAACCCAAAAACCCAAACAGUUAAGAAAAAAAAAUUUAUGAAAAAAACGAGUCAAAAGGUGUUUUAAGGGGCGCUGGCGCUUAGACUUGACAUGAGCCAAGGCUAGCAACACAACAACAACGAAACAACGAAACCGAGGGGAAUAAACUGGCACAACAACUUUAAAAGUACAAACGGCACAAGUUGAGGAAGAGCCCAUGAAGUGCAUAGACCAGGAACAAUGGUAAAUGCCACGUCAGCAGCAGCAGCAGAAGCAGCAGCAACAACAUUUGUAGCAGCAACAUCAUCACUACCAGCAGCAACAACAACGAGAGAAUGACAAAAGCGAGUCAACGACAGCUUAAAACAUAAUACGUUAGCUAAAGGCAACAAGCGGAUUGGGUGAAAGGAGAAACUAGAGGGGAGAAAGCAGACUAGAGACAGGAGACGUCAAACGGCAGUCGACAGGCGGAGAAAGUGGCAGAGAACAAAAGCGACAUUACAAAUGAUGAGAAAUCGUUGCUGCAAUUAGUUGGCCCAAUGCCCAAAGGGUUGAUGUUCUGCUCAUGAAUCGCUUGAAGCCAACGGAUCCGGAAAUGCUAGCGAACGGAAACGGGCGGAUAGAAGCUCCAGCUGGCCACUAAAUGUCAUUGAACACUGACCGAUCAUGUCCGACGUUGAGAAGGCGAUUAAGGCCAAGUUUCAGCACCAGCCGCAGGACAUCAAAGGCCCCGCCUGUGGCAUUGACGAUGAGACCGAUGCGGAUGCCGAAAGCCGAACCGCGCCUCUGGGAUCGGAAGCCGGCGUUAAGACAUCCUCCACCACCGCCACUCUAACCACCAAGCCGGGUAGUUGCACCCGUCGCCUCUGCGGCCAGCUGCUGAAGUUGCUCCUUUCCACGCCAGGACUAGUGCUCCUUGUCAUCGGGUACUCUGUGCUCGGCGGGCUCAUCUUUCCGCUGCUGGAGGCCCCGCAGGAUCUGAGCAAGUCGGCGGCCAUUGCCAAGAGUCGCGAGGAUUGCCUGAGAGAGCUGUGGAUAAUAACAGAGAAACUCAACGUUCUGUAUGAACGCAACUGGACAAUGCUGGUCCAUGAGCAACUGCGUCGCUUCGAGGGCUCCAUUGUGGCAGCCACCCGUCAGGGAUCCGCCGGAGGUGGAGCCGGAGGAUUCGGCAAUUUUCAGGGCGGCAGUGCCAGUGCCCUGGGCCAUUUCGGCUACGAUGCCGGCGACUCCCAGAGCUGGACAUUCAGCGAGGCUCUACUAUACUCGGUCACUGUGAUAACGACAAUUGGUCAUGGCAGCCUCACGCCGCGCACCUCCGCCGGCAAACUGGCGACCAUUCUGUACGCCCUGGUGGGCGUGCCCCUCAUGCUGAUGUGCCUCUCCAGCCUGGGAGCCCUUCUGGCCGAGGGUCUGCAGUGCACCUACGUGCGGCUCUGCUGCCAGCUGCAGCACCACCAGCACCGCCACCACCACAGGAGCAGGAGCCGGAAAAAGUCCUUGGCCACGGCUUCAACGACAGCCGCAACAACACCGACCAGCUUGGAGAAGGAUAAGGACAAGGACAAGAGCGGAAAGCGACAACGCCUGGGGGCCAACUGCAAAGGCUGCAAGUACGAUGCGGCCAACAGUGAGACGAGUCUGAACGAUUGCUUCGAGUACGGGGCGAAGGAGAAGCUGCCGCCGGAAAAAGGGGAAGAUGCCUGUCAAUUGUUGCACAACUUGAAUCAGCAGCAGCAAUUUUACCAACAGCAGCAGCAGCAGCAUCAGCAACAGCCACAACAGCCGGAUGUCAUGCUAAUGACAACGACAACAGGCAAUGCAUUGCUGAAAUACGCACCGCAGCAGCAGCAACAGCAGCAGCAGCAGCACUUGCAACAACUGCAACACCAACAACAGCAGCAGCAAUUAUCGACAGCAACUCUCCCGCGGCAACAUCACCAACAACAGCAGCAAGUGCAACAGAAUUUCGUGGCCGUACCAAGCAGCAUGCUGCGCACAAUGCCGCUCACAGUGCCGCCGAAUUGUUAUGCCCCUGCAACUGCCACGAUUUACUUUCCAUUUGCCCCCUCGGCACCCGGCAGCCCUGCCCACGGCCACUCCCUGUUGGCCGCGAAUCCGAAUCCGGUCCUCAAUCCGAAUCCAAAUGGGCUGGGGCAUGCAACCGGGAGUGGCGGUCUGGUCAAGUAUCACACGUUACAUUUGCAACCGGCUUCCGGCAAGCACCGGGUGCUGGCCUCGGGCCUUCAGGACACUUCAGGACCCGGGCCGGAAUCGGCGACCCUCGAGGCCAUCACACUGCCACCGCCACCGGCCUAUCAAACGGGCAGUUUGCAUGCUGUGCGACGAGGCAAGUUCGUGACGAAACCCUUGCCGCACGAGAUCAAUGCUCUGAUGGACUGUGGCACGGGAUCCACUGAUUUAUUGCUGCCGGCAGCAGGACCCGCACCGGCAACAUCGGUUGGAGCAGCAGCAACAGCAACAGGCACCGCCGCAACACCCGCACCACCAUUGUUAACCUACACAGUGGCCGCAGCAACCAGCCCACAACUGGCCGGUGGCAUUCAAGGCGUGGCAGCAGCACCACCACCACCAGUGGGUGCAACAUCGGCGGCAACACUGUCCGAUAACAGUUUUAUGGCCGCAGGUAUUUGUGGCAUUGCAGCAGGCGGAGCAGCAACAGCCUCAUCGGGGACGACAGCAACAUUGUCAGUCCUUCUAAACGCCAACUCGACGGGCACGGUGGACAUAAUGGAGGACGAGGAGGAGCAGGAAAGGGAGCGAUUGAGUAACUGCCCGCAUGGCACCCCCUCGCGUGUUCCGCUGAUAGCCAGCUCCAUGGGUGCGCCCCAGGAUUCUGGGGGCGUUGGAAGCACCUCCACCACUUACAACCGCCACACGCUGCAGCCGCUGAGCCGCAAGACCCUUCUGCUAACCCGCCGCUGCCAGAGGCAUGCCACUGGAACUCUGUACGACAGCACGGCCAACAACACGGAGACCUCCGACGACGACGGGGAGUACAUGCAACAUGGCAGCGAGCAGUUUGUGCUAAAGAAGCUCCGACACCACGGCGGACCGGAGGAGGAGUCUCGCCGCCGGCGAAGGGGGGACACAGACGGCGAGGGGGAGGACUCCGAGGAGGACGAGGACGAAGAGCCGGAGCAGCAGGUGCCCAUCAGCCUAGUGCUGCUCAUCCUCAUGUGCUACAUCUGCGUGGGCACCGUGAUCUUCGCCCUCUGGGAGGACUGGUCCUUGGUGGACGGCGCCUACUUCUGCUUCGUGACGCUCUCAACAAUCGGCUAUGGGGACUUUGUGCCGGCCCGGAGCUUCAACGGUCCGGAGCUGCAGCUGUACGCCUGCUGCGCCUACCUCCUCCUGGGCCUCGUACUGGUGGCCAUGUCCUUCAGCAUCCUGGAGACACAGCUGAUGUGGAAGUGCAAGAGGAUUGCCGUGCGACUGAAGCUGACCCGCACGGAUUGAUAGUAUACUCUGAACACAAUCGCAAACGCAAAGCUUAUAGCCUAGACUAAGUUACAGUGUACUAUGUAAUUAGAAACCAAAAACUAGCCCAUCUCUGUGUAUAUUUGUCUGCCUAGCGAAAUACAUGUAAUAGCGAGGGACAAGUGCUCGUACGUUGUCUGGAAUUCAAAUGAAUUUGUGUAAAUAAA